AUGUCGCAGGUCGUGCGACAAGAAAGUCCUCUGAACACGGAGCCAUACUCGAAAGACUUGGCCAGCUCGUUCAUCACCCCGAACGAGCUCAUCUUCAAUCGCAAUCACGACUCGGUUAUCAGCGCUGAUGCACCUUCCGCAAGCGCCUCCGGCUGGACUGUCUCGAUCUCCUUAGAAGAUGAUGAGCAGCUCCAGACGAUAAAGCUAAAUCAAUCAAGCACAACUCUCGAGGAGCUUCAGAGGAAGCACGAGUUGGUUGAGGUCACUGCAACGCUUGAAUGUGCAGGCAAUCGACGUUCAGAGCUCGCAUCAUCGCACCAGCCAGCUGAAGGAAUCCAAUGGGGCAACGCUGUGAUCGCGAAUGUCGUCUGGGGAGGCGCAUCACUCCGCUCCGUCCUACUCACAGCCGGCGUACCUGACCCGUACAUUCACCAUCCUCGCGACAAACUCUCAGAACUGGAGCCCUCAGAAGCAGCAAUGCUCACAGAUGCAGCAGAAUGGGCAAGACAUCUCCACCUCCAUCUGUUGAGCGCACAAGAGAGCUCUGAAUCCGACGAUCCGACACGGACAGAAUACUUCGCUGCUUCGAUCCCGCUCCCCGCAGCGAUGCACCCAAAUCAGGGUUGUCUGUUAGCGUAUCAGUACAACAAGCAACCCUUGGCAUCGAAGCAUGGAGCGCCACUACGAGCGGUCAUUCCGGGUCAUGUCGGUGCGAGAUGGGUCAAGUGGCUCAACGGGCUCCGAAUCAGCACAAAAGAGAACGACUCUCCGCCGAUGCGUCAGGACUACAAGCUGCUAGUCCCGUACAAGGUCUCUGAGCAGACAUACGCUGAGAAAGCAUCGAAAGACGAAGAGUUCAGAAAGGAAGAGCUGCGAAAAGGGAAGCGGCUACAGCGACUCGAAGCAAGUUGCUCUGUCACACAGCCUUCAGACGACGGCGACACUUUCGACCUCAACAGCAACGGUACCAUCUCGAUCAAAGGCUACGCUGUCGGCCAAGAUGGUUCGCCAGCGUCCCAAGUCUGGGUUGCCAUCGUUCCCGAGUCCAGCGAUGACACAUCUUCGGAGGAGCUGCUCAAGUCUUUGCCUGCCAACGUCAGCUGGCAGCAAGCGAAAAUUUGUCAUCCGCAACCGCAAGACUUAGCCCACAGUGGCGUCGCAUCAACAAGAUGGAGCUGGGCUUGGUCUCUGUGGCAAGCCGACCUGUCUGUGCCGUCAGCGGAGCUGAGGUGGGCCAUUGUUGCUAGAUGUGUGACUGCUUCAGGCGUGGAACAGGAGAAGAUCUCGAGUUGGAAUCUCAGAGGUUUCUGCAACCGCUCUUGGCCUGUCACGAGGAACCUGUCAGUCAAGCACUCAACGUGA